AGCGAGCCAGUGAAACCGACAAGAACCAAGUUGAAUCAGAAAGAAAUUAAGAAGGAAGGCACGACGACGACUCCGAUCAUCACCAGGAGAACAUCACUGAUUCGAUCGCAAAGAUGAGUCGGAGGAUCAUCAAGCCCAGUCUCCCCUACGACCUAUGUGCGCAUCUGCAAAACACGGCCCGGAGUCGACUACGGACCGUUCCGGUGCCAUCGAGUGGACUGCACCAGAGUCUGUUGACGAUCCUCCUGGACCAAGGCUUCAUCUCCAACCUGACUCGAGGCACCAAGCAAGCACCCGACCCCGCCGGAUUCCUCGCCGCCCCCAUCAGCCAACGCAGACUCUGGAUCGAACACAAAUUCCGCGACGAACAGCCCGUGCUUCGUAACGCUAGACUCGUCAGUAAACCCUCCCUCAGGGUCUAUCACGAUCGCAGCCUCUUGAACAAAUUCGUAGACCAGAAAAUCUCUCUCGGCGAGAUCUGUAUCGUCCGCUCCGUCGACGGCCUCUUCCUUUGGGAGGCCCGGGAGGCCCUCAAACAUUUGGAUAAUCACCAAUCCGUCGAGGUUCUUUGUCGGGUGUCUUCUUAAUUAUUACUCUUUUUCACUUAUGAACCAAUUGUUUUCAAAAGCUCCUUUCCCCCCCAAAAAAAAAUCACUCAGCAUCAUUUCAUGAAUGUAUACCCUUUUUUUUAUAUCAGAAAAAACAAAUCAUUGAGAGAAAAAAAAUAAAGUCCUUG